AGAGAGAGAAGCCAAGCUUUGAAUUGAUAAAAUGUAUAUAAAGAGGUCCACUCAAUAUUGGUUAUGUGCACAAGGCAUCACCCACUUCUCAAGCAUUUGGCCUCUACACCAUCUACUAUAGAUUAUGGAAGGCAAGGAGGAAGGCAAGCAUGCUGACGAGUCAUUGUACUCAUGGAGCCAGAAAAAAGGAGGAUUCAAGGCUUGCCUAUUUGUUUAUGCAUUGUCGACCUUGGACAGUGUUGGAUCCGUUGCCAACAUGUCCAUUUUUGUUCUUUACUUCAAGAAUGUGAUGCGAUUCGAUCUGUCUCAGUCUGCAAAUACUUUCACAAACUACAUGGGUUCAGCUUUUUUGCUUACUGUCGUGGGAGGUUUCAUCUCGGACACUUACUUGAGCAGACUCACCACAUGUUUGAGCUUUGGACUACUUCAAAUUCUGGCAUUGACAAUGAUCACAAUCCAAGCCUUCUCGAAGAAAUUACAUCCUGAAGCUUCUUGUGGGAAGUCUACUUGUGUGAGAGGUGGUGAAGCACUCAUGUUUUAUAGCUCCCUCUGUUUGUUAGCAUUGGGAGGAGGUGGAGUUAGGGGGUCCCUUGCACCACUUGGGGCUGAUCAAUUUGACCCAAAGGAUAAAAAAGGAGCUAAGGGUCUUGCAACUUAUUUCAAUUGGUUAUUCCUGAGUAUAACCACAGGAGCAAUUGUGGGAGUUACUGCUGUUGUGUGGGUUAGCAUGAACAAAGAUUGGUCAUGGGGUUUUUUAAUUGGCACAAUUACUUCCUCUCUUGGUUUUAUUGCUCUUGCCAUGGGAAAGCCUUUCUACAUUACUCGACCUCGAAGGACCAGUCCUAUUACAAGGGUGGCACAGGUUAUUGUGGUUGCAAUUAAGAAUAGAAGGUUGACACUACCAAAAAAUCCUGAAGAACUGUAUGAAAUUAAUGAUAAAUUAAGAGACCCUUCAGAAGAAAAGGUUCUACAUACUAACCAGUUCAGGUCACUAGACAAGGCUGCCAUUCUUCCAGAUGGUAAGAAUCCAGAUCCAUGGAGAGUAUGCACUGUGACACAAAUUGAAGAAGUGAAGAUACUAACAAGAAUGUUUCCCAUUUUAGCAAGUACAAUCAUAAUGAACACAUGCUUGUCCCAAUUGCAAACAUUCUCAGUAAUCCAAGGCUACUACAUGGAUCCACAAUUAGGUUCUUUAAAGGUUCCUACAGCCUCAAUACCAGUAAUUCCUCUAGUUUUUAUGUCCAUUCUAAUUCCUGUCUACGAGUUCCUUGUGGUCCCAUUUGCAAGGAAGAUCACUGGGCAUCCAGCUGGCAUCACUCAACUUCAACGCGUUGGAGUUGGGCUUGUUCUCUCCGUCAUUUCAAUGGGUAUAGCUGGCAUUAUUGAAGUGAAGAGAAGGGAUCAGUUCUUCAAAAACCCGAGGAAGCCCAUUAGUCUCUUCUGGCUUUCAUUCCAAUAUGGUAUUUUUGGAAUUGCAGAUAUGUUUACUAUGGUUGGAUUGUUGGAGUUUUUCUAUAAGGAAGCUCCAUCAGGAAUGAAAUCAAUGUCCACUUCUUUUGCACCACUAUCGCUCUCUUUUGGCUUCUUCUUAAGCACUGUUUUUGUUGACAUUGUAAACUCCAUCACCCAAAGUGCUACUCCAAGCAAAAAAGGGUGGUUGAAAGGGCAGACCUUGAAUGAUAGUAAACUAAAUCUGUUUUAUUGGUUCCUAGCUAUCCUUAGUUGCAUAAAUUUUGGAAACUAUCUCUUUUGGGCUUCAUGGUACAAUUAUAAAGACAAUAAUACUACAGAAUCCCAAAUGGAAACGAAGGCUUUGAACGUUUCAUCGUGUACUUCCAAAAUCGAAGACACCAAGGAGGAAUCAAAAGUUCGUGAAGAAUUACAAGAGAAUAAGGAAUCUCAAAUGGAAACGAAGGUUUUUAGUGGUUCAUCAUGUACUUCCAAAGUCGAAGAUACUGAGGAAUCAAAAGUUUGUGAAGAAUUAGAAGAGAACACAGAAUCUCAAAUGGAAACAAAGGUUUUGAAUGGUUCAUUGUGUACUUCCAAUGUCGAAGACACCAAGUAGGAAUCAAAAAUUGGUGAACAAUUAGAAGAGAAUACAGUUGAGAAUAAUAUGUUGGUGAAGAAUUAAGGCUUGAAUCGAAUAUUCUCUGUCUCUGUCUCUCUC